GUGUUCCCGUCAUUUUACUGAUGACUGCUUUUUAAACCUUGGUGAGGUCAACGCGGGAUUAGCAAAACGCUUAUUUAUAAAGGACGGGUCAGUACCCACUUUAUUCGGACCGUCUUGCGCUUCUGAAUCACAACUCGAUUCCAGAUUUCUCCUUGCGUUGAUGUCAUUGUAGGGAGAAAUCCUGCCCAUUUGUGACGAUCUCUGCCCUAUUAGUAUAGACACAGCCCUGAGUGAGAAGCAGCAGUCCACCAUUACUGUUGGAGAUAUACAAUGUCAGCUUCAAAGAGGCAUUACAAGUGUUGUGUUUUGGGAUGCACCAAGGAACAUAGGAGUCUCCAUACACUCCCUCCAUCUGAGCCGCUGAGGACACGGUGGUUAAAUUUCAUUUUCAAAGGAAAUGUUCCGGAAAAAAUCGCUAAAGUCAAACAUGUUUGUGCCAAUCAUUUUACACCGGACUGCCUCACAAACGAGGGUCAGUUCAAUGCUGGAUUUUCGCAAAGGUUGAUUCUGAAAGAGGGAUCAAUACCAACUCUUCGUCCGCGAACGUCUGCUCCAGAUAAAAACAGUUCUGUAGAAAAUGGACCUGUAGAGGAAGGUGACACCCUUGGAAGACCCCCCAAAACAUGGAACCGUUUGAAACUAACAUCUGCAAGAGCUGAUCCUCUUCUGCAUUCUGCUGCGGGUCCCAAGAAAAAUACUGCAAACGUCACAAAAGUCAUUACAGUCAGUAGUGACGAAGAUCUUGAUAUUUGUGACCAGGACAGUGUGGCCAGCAGUGUGGACAGCACAGCAGAGGAAAUGUUUAUUGAUGGUCUGGACCCUGUUCUAGAUAGGCCUUCAUUUGACAUUUACACACCAGAGGAAGACUGCGAUUCAGAGGCCAACCUACAGCAGAGAAAGAGAGCCCGUCUGUCUUCCACAUCUGCUACUGCUGGAAGAGAUGGCAGGGAUAAAGAAGAUGAUGGUUCAAAUGAAAUCUGGCAUAGCUCAGAUGACGCAGAUGUUGAGCCACCCCAUAUAGACUUCACACCUGUCCAAGAACCUGGCCCACAGAUUUUACCAAAUAGGUGCAGCAGUCCUAUGCAGUUUUUUCAACUGUUGUUUCCAAAAAAAAUGUGGCAGACCAUUGUAGUCCACACUAAUGACUAUGGAGCCAAAUGCCAAGAGAGAAAGGGCAAGGUGUGGGAGUACAUUUGUCAAAAAGACUUGAAGUUAUACAUAGCACUGGUGAUUUACAUGGAUAUGUUCAAGUGCUCUUCAUUGACAGAUUACUGGAGUGUGUCCGAGCACUUCAGUCUGUCCUUUCCUGCAAAAAUCAUGUCUUACCAGAAAUUUCUGUCAAUUUCCAAAGCCCUUCAUCUAAGUGACAGCAAGGAGGAUGUGAGGAACAGCUUUAGGAAGGGAACAGCAGCCUAUGAACGGCUGGGUAAAAUUCAACCUCUGUAUCAAGUCAUUAGGGAGGCCUGCAAGACCAUUUUUCAUCCUUUUCAGAACAUCACCAUUGUUGAAAGAAUGGUCUCAUCACAGGACAGAACUGGACUCAAGCGAGGCAUGAAAAAUGAAUCUCCAAAUAUGGGGUACAAACUCUUUGCACUGACAGACUGCACCUGCGGCUAUACGUGGGACUUCUUUAUUUAUGAGGGGAAGUCGUGUGCGUCGCAGAAUGUGGGCCUAAGCUAUGAGUCCGUUAUGGCAUUGGUGGAUGAAAAUCUGUUGGGCUCUGGGUACAAACUGUUUGUGGACAAAUUCUACACCAGCCCCACGCUCUUCAGAGACCUCUUAUAUAAAAAGAUCUGGGCUUGUGGCCCUGUUUGGGCAAACAGGAAAGGUUUCCCAAAAACAACUGUGAACAGAUUGUCACAGAAUGCUCCACGUGGCACCAUGCGUUGGAUUAGGGACGACAAUCUUCUCUUUGUUGAGUGGAAAGACUCACAGGAAGUACAGAUGUGCUCCACCUUCCAUAAAGCCUAUGAAGGCGAUACUGUGCAGAGGAAGGUGAAGGGUGAUUCACAUCGGACCCUUGUGGAGGUUCCAAUUCCAGCUGUAGUGUUGGACUACAACAGGAACAUGGAAGCAGUUGAUUCAUCAAAUCACAUUACUGGACAUUACCGAGCUCUACACAAACCAAGAAAGUGGUAUCAACGUGUAUUUUACCACUUUUUGGACAUCGUCGUAGCGAAUGCGUUCAUCAUGCAGGAACUAAUGGCUAAGGCAAAGAACAAGAAGCCUUUGACCAGAAAGGGAUUCUUGGAGGCGCUUAUUUUAGAACUUACAGAAAUAAGUCCUCUGGACUGAGGACUAGCUCCCUCGAUUCUCUCUUCCUCCAGAUCCUCCUCGGCAGUUAUUCCUCAAAGCCAAAGCACCUCACAGUGGACAGCGCCAGUAGGCAGAAGUGCAGGCUUUGCAGCCAGAAAACUCCGGAGAGGGACCAUUUUAAUGAUUGGCAUGAAAAAGGCUUUUGAUUUAUGGCUUCAAUAAAUGUAACUGCGUUAAGGGUAGUUUUUCUGUUGUUCAUUCAUGGUGCAUUCAUUCAAAAGAUAUCAGAAUAUUUAAGUUAAAUGUGUUUUGUUAGUUACAUUGUAAAGUGGAAUAAAUAGUUCUGAAUGGUUAAUGAUCUAUGAUUUAUGUAGUUUGUUGGAUUAUACCUGUGUAUUUGGAGUCCUCAAAUGGCAAUUUUGAAAACGUGCAGAAAACAUUUAAGUGAAAUUCCAAACAGAAUUUGGUCAAAUCUGUCAAUGUGGUUCCACACGCAUUUUGAGGUAUUGCCAUAGCUAUUGGACACAUACAUUUUAUCUGCUACAGAAUUUUUAUUUAUUUAUUAUUAUUAUAUAUAUAGAGAGAGAGAGAGAGAGAGAGAUUAUCUUAAAAUUUAAAUUGCACCUAUGCUAUCCUGCAUGGACAUUUAAACAGAAAUCUACUAUUGAUGACUGAUGUCUGUAGUGGCAGUGACUGUCUGUUAGGAAUCAAUUGAUUUUCAUCACAGGAGGAAUGUUUAAUCUUCUCUUGCAUUACCUGCUCAUCAUAAUGCGGAAUGGUACAAAUAAAA